AUGGCUCCGCAUGCAGGCGGCGGCGCUGAUGGCACGGAGAUGCCGCUCCUCCCCUCGCGGGCGGCAGGAACGCCGGCAGGUGGCGGCGCCGCGCCGCGCCGCCGCAGCAGGUUCGCCUUCGUCUGCGCCACGCUCGCCUCCAUGACCACCAUGCUACACGGCUACAAUCUCACGCUGAUGAGCGGCGCGCAGCUGUUCAUGCGGGAGGACUGUUCAUGCUCGCCUCCAUCCUCGGCGGCGGGUGGUUCGCCGACCGGCUGGGCCGCCGGCGCGUCCUCGUGCUCGCCAACGCCUUCCUCAUGGCCGGCGCGCUCGCCAUGUCGCUGGGCGGCAGCUUCGCCGCGCUCAUGGCGGCGCGGUUCGUCACCAGCGUCGGCGCCGGGUUCGCCCGCGUCGUCGCGCCGGUGUACAACGCCGAGAUCUCGCCGCCGUCCACGCGCGGCGUCCUGUCGUCGUUGCUCGACGUGUUCAUCAACGUCGGCAUCUUGCUUAGCUACGUGUCGAACUACGCCCUCGCCGGCCUGCCGGCGACCUCGGGUGGCGCCUCAUGUACGCGAUCGGCGUGGUCCCGCCGGUGUUCAUAGCUGCCGGCGUGUUCUUCAUGCCGGAAUCGCCGCGGUGGCUCGCCAUGCGCGGCCGCUACGCCGACGCGCACGCCGUGCUCUUGCGCACCUUGGACACCCCGGCCGAGGCCGACCUCCGCCUCGCCGAGAUCAAGCAAGCCGUUGCCCAUCAGCGGCCUCAACCGGAAGCAGCAGGCAGCCAUGGCGGCGGCGUCUGGAAGGAGCUCCUCUUCCGGCCGUCGGCGAGCGUGCGGCGGAUCCUGACAUGCGUCCUCGGGCUUCAGUUCUUCGUGCAGGCGUCGGGCAUCGACGCCAUCCUCCUCUACAGCCCGCUGGUCUUCAAGGCGGCCGGCAUGGCGUCGAACGGCGCCAUCCUCGGCGCCACCGUGGCCAUCGGAGCGGUCAAGACGUGCUUCAUCCUCGUCGGCAUGCUCUUCACCGACCGCCUCGGCCGCCGCCCGCUCCUCCUCGCCAGCACCGCCGGCGUCUCGGUGACCACGGCCUCCCUCGCCGUGACCCUCUGCGUCAGCGCAGCUUCGUCAGCAGCAGCGACGACGGCGUGCCUCGCGUCGGUGCUCGCCAUCGUGGCGGCGUACUCGGUCGGGUACGGGUCGGUGGUGAACACGUACAGCGCGGAGAUCCUACCGCUGCGGCUGCGCGCCCAGGGCUCGAGCCUGGGCGUGGCCGUGAACCGCCUGACGUGCGGGUUGGUCGGCAUGACAUUCAUCUCGCUCGCCGACGGGAUCACCAUGGCCGGGUGCUUCUUCUUGUACGCCGGGGUGACGGCGGCAGCGUUCGUGUUCGUGUAUGCGCGGCUGCCGGAGACGAGGGGGCGGAGCCUCGAGGACGUGGAGGUGCUCUUCGACAAGUGACGUGCUUCCUAUUUCCGACUGCUAUCUUCUUUUUUCUAGUUGAUGAUCCUAUUUCCGACUCGAGAAUUGGGCAGAAAAUUUAGGGAUUGAAUUCUCAUCCACUAUUAUUUGGGGCAGGCGCCAAGGAGGAACAGACGAUAAGAGUGCUCUCCUCUCCUCUCAGCCUCAGAAAUAUCCAUCCAAAAUCCAAUUACAUUGGGCCGAA